GACGCCGGGGGGCGGCUGGAGAGACCCCCGAGGAGCGCGCCGCGGGGAGGCUUCCCCGGACGCCCCACCCACCUUCUCGUAGCGCUGCCCUCCACCCCCCUGGGCCGCCGGCCCCUGGCGGCGAGGCGGCGCCCCUAGCCCUGCCGGCGCCCCCUCCCCGCCCCGCCGGCUCGCGGCCGCCGGGCGGCCGGCCCGGCCCCUGCCCACCCCCAGCCCAGCCCGGGCGCGCCGCACUGGGCAUGCUCCGUAGCCUGGGCAGGUUGGGGCUGCGAGGCGACAGCUCGGGCUCUGGAGCCGGGAGGCGAGAACGAGGAGGGAGACUCUGGGGCUGGCGAGGCGGGAGCAGCGGGCCACGGAGGGGCGGCGGGGCCCGGAGCCGGGGACACGCCGAGCCCGGCGGGCGAGCGGGCAGGCGGGCGGAGUGGGCCGGCGCUGCCCCGCGGCUUCGCGGAGGAGCGCCCCGGAGACCCCCGCCUCGGCCGAGUGAUAUAAUCUCCAGUUGCCAUACAUGGAGCUGGAUCCCAAAGAAAGAAGAAAACAGUUCUACAAAGGACAGCGCUGUGAUUUGACUAAGGGGACAUCACUUGGAGUGGGUCCAGAGACACCUGGUCUUGAAUAUAAUCAUGGCCAAACCUUAUGAAUUUAACUGGCAGAAGGAAGUGCCUUCCUUUUUGCAGGAAGGAGCAGUUUUUGACAGAUAUGAAGAGGAAUCUUUUGUGUUUGAACCCAACUGUCUCUUCAAAGUGGAUGAGUUUGGCUUCUUUCUGACCUGGAGAAGUGAAGGCAAGGAAGGACAAGUGCUAGAAUGUUCCCUCAUCAACAGUGUUCGGUUGGGAGCCUCACCAAAGGAUCCCAAAAUCCUGGCUGCUCUUGAAGCUGUUGGAAAAUCAGAAAAUGAUCUGGAAGGGCGGAUAGUUUGCGUCUGCAGUGGUACAGAUCUGGUGAACAUCAGUUUCACGUACAUGGUGGCUGAAAAUCCAGAAGUAACGAAGCAAUGGGUCGAAGGCCUGAGAUCAAUCAUACACAACUUCAGGGCCAACAACGUCAGUCCCAUGACAUGCCUCAAGAAACACUGGAUGAAAUUGGCAUUUAUGACCAACACAAAUGGUAAAAUUCCAGUUAGGAGUAUUACUAGAACUUUUGCCUCGGGGAAAACAGAAAAGGUGAUCUUUCAAGCGCUCAAGGAAUUAGGUCUUCCCAGUGGAAAGAAUGAUGAAAUCGAGCCUGCGGCAUUUACUUAUGAAAAGUUCUAUGAACUGACGCAAAAGAUUUGUCCUCGGACAGAUAUAGAGGAUCUUUUUAAAAAAAUCAAUGGAGACAAAACUGAUUAUUUAACGGUAGACCAAUUAGUGAGCUUUCUAAAUGAACAUCAACGAGAUCCUCGACUGAAUGAGAUUUUAUUUCCAUUUUAUGAUGCUAAAAGGGCAAUGCAGAUCAUUGAGAUGUAUGAGCCCGAUGAAGAUUUGAAGACAAAAGGCCUCAUAUCAAGUGAUGGGUUUUGCAGAUAUCUGAUGUCAGAUGAAAAUGCCCCAGUCUUCCUAGAUCGUUUAGAACUUUACCAAGAAAUGGACCAUCCUCUGGCUCACUACUUCAUCAGUUCUUCCCAUAACACCUAUCUCACCGGCCGGCAGUUUGGCGGGAAGUCUUCAGUAGAAAUGUACAGACAGGUCCUCCUGGCUGGUUGCAGAUGUGUUGAACUUGACUGUUGGGAUGGAAAAGGUGAAGACCAAGAACCGAUAAUAACUCAUGGAAAAGCAAUGUGUACAGAUAUCCUUUUUAAGGAUGUUAUUCAAGCCAUCAAGGAAACUGCGUUUGUCACAUCCGAAUAUCCUGUAAUUCUCUCCUUUGAAAAUCACUGCAGCAAAUAUCAACAGUACAAGAUGUCCAAAUAUUGCGAAGAUCUAUUUGGGGACCUUCUGUUGAAACAAGCACUUGAAUCGCAUCCACUCGAACCAGGCAGGCCCUUGCCAUCCCCCAAUGACCUCAAAAGAAAAAUACUCAUCAAAAAUAAACGGCUGAAACCUGAAGUUGAAAAAAAACAGCUCGAAGCUUUGAAAAGCAUGAUGGAAGCUGGAGAAUCUGCUGCCCCAGUUAGCAUCUUAGAGGAUGAUAAUGAAGAGGAAAUAGAAAGUGCUGACCAAGAGGAGGAAGCUCACCCUGAAUACAAAUUUGGAAAUGAACUUUCUGCUGAUGACCUGGGUCACAAGGAAGCUGUUGCAAAUAGUGUCAAGAAGGCUUCAGAUGACCUUGAACAUGAAAACAACAAAAAGGGCCUGGUUACUGUAGAAGAUGAGCAGGCGUGGAUGGCGUCCUAUAAAUACGUGGGUGCUACCACUAACAUCCAUCCCUAUCUGUCCACAAUGAUCAACUAUGCACAGCCCGUGAAAUUUCAAGGUUUCCAUGUCGCUGAAGAACGCAAUAUUCAUUAUAACAUGUCUUCUUUUAAUGAGUCAGUCGGUCUAGGCUACCUGAAGACACAUGCGAUUGAAUUUGUGAAUUAUAACAAACGACAAAUGAGUCGUAUUUACCCCAAGGGAGGCCGAGUCGAUUCCAGUAAUUACAUGCCUCAGAUUUUCUGGAACGCUGGCUGCCAGAUGGUUUCACUGAACUAUCAAACCCCAGAUUUAGCGAUGCAAUUGAAUCAGGGAAAAUUUGAGUAUAAUGGAUCCUGCGGGUACCUUCUCAAACCAGAUUUCAUGAGACGGCCCGAUCGAACAUUUGAUCCCUUCUCUGAAACUCCUGUCGAUGGGGUCAUUGCAGCCACUUGCUCAGUGCAGGUCAUAUCAGGUCAGUUCUUGUCAGACAAGAAAAUUGGCACAUAUGUAGAAGUUGACAUGUAUGGGUUGCCCACGGACACUAUACGUAAGGAGUUCCGAACUCGCAUGGUGAUGAACAAUGGACUCAAUCCAGUUUACAAUGAAGAAUCAUUUGUAUUUCGGAAGGUAAUCCUCCCUGACCUGGCAGUCUUGAGAAUAGCCGUGUAUGAUGACAACAGCAGGCUGAUUGGCCAGAGGAUUCUUCCACUGGAUGGCCUCCAAGCAGGUUAUCGGCACAUAUCCCUUCGAAAUGAGGGAAAUAAACCACUAUCACUGCCAACGAUUUUCUGCAAUAUUGUUCUUAAAACAUAUGUGCCUGAUGGAUUUGGAGAUAUUGUAGAUGCUUUAUCAGAUCCAAAGAAAUUUCUUUCCAUUACGGAAAAGAGAGCAGACCAAAUGAGAGCUAUGGGCAUUGAAACUAGUGACAUAGCUGAUGUGCCCAGUGACACUUCUAAGAAUGAGAAGAAAGGAAAGGCCAACACUGCCAAAGCAAACGUGACCCCACAGAGCAGCUCCGAGCUCAGACCGACCACCACAGCUGCCCUGGGGCCUGGCAUGGAAGCCAAGAAAGGUAUUGAACUUAUCCCUCAAGUAAGGAUAGAAGAUUUAAAGCAGAUGAAGGCUUACUUGAAGCAUUUAAAGAAACAACAGAAGGAGCUAAAUUCUUUAAAGAAGAAACAUGCAAAGGAACACAGUACCAUGCAAAAGUUACACUGCACGCAAGUUGACAAAAUCGUGGCACAGUAUGACAAAGAGAAGUCGACUCAUGAGAAAAUCCUAGAGAAGGCAAUGAAGAAGAAGGGGGGAAGUAAUUGUCUUGAAAUGAAAAAAGAAACAGAAAUUAAAAUUCAGACACUGACAUCAGAUCACAAAUCUAAGGUCAAAGAGAUUGUGGCCCAGCACACAAAGGAGUGGUCAGAAAUGAUCAACACCCACAGUGCUGAGGAGCAAGAAAUCCGGGAUCUGCACCUCAGCCAGCAGUGCGAGCUGCUGAGAAAGCUCCUGAUCAGUGCCCACGAGCAGCAAACCCAGCAGCUAAAACUGUCCCAUGACAGGGAAAGCAAAGAAAUGAGAGCACACCAGGCUAAGAUUUCUAUGGAAAAUAGCAAGGCCAUCAGCCAAGAUAAAUCUAUCAAGAAUAAAGCAGAACGGGAAAGGCGAGUCAGGGAGUUAAACAGCAGCAAUACUAAAAAGUUUCUGGAAGAAAGAAAGAGACUCGCAAUGAAACAGUCCAAAGAAAUGGAUCAGCUGAAAAAAGUCCAGCUUGAACACCUAGAAUUCCUAGAGAAACAGAAUGAGCAGCUUUUGAAAUCCUGUCAUGCAGUGUCCCAAACGCAAGGCGAAGGAGAUGCAGCAGAUGGUGAAAUUGGAAGCCGAGAUGGACCGCAGACCAGCAACAGUAGUAUGAAACUCCAAAACGCAAACUGACACAGCAAAAGCACGCAGCAUCAAAAGAUCACUACCAAACUUCUGGACACAAAUUCCAUGGAAGAAAGCUGUUGUCCUUUGUGUUUCCUUUUGUGUGUAGACAAGACGUUACCUGAAACCACAGAUUUAACCUUUGGGAUAUUGAAUUUCCUUGGCCAACCACAAGUAGCUACAAAUCCACAAAACUGACUAUUCCAGUAAGGCAGAAUUUAACCACUGACAAUACAACUUAAACAUGUUUGCCAUAAAAUCCCAUCACAAGUCAAUGAGCUUGGUGUUCACAACUCUGCUUUGUGAUGCUUUAGGACAUGUUUGAGCUGCAGCAAAAAUAGUGCAUUAGCAAUUUAAUAGCGAGCGCAUGCACUAGUAAAAACCCAACUCUGUCUACAAAUUCAUCAGCAGAAGUGGUGAUCUGCUAAACAAAUAAUUUUGCAGAAUUUUUCUACAGCUAAGUUACCUCAUCAGUAAGUGCCAUGUCUCUACCAUGCCAUAAGGAGCUAAUUUCCUGUAAAAGUUGUGGAAAUUAUUAGAACCAUAGAAAAAUAGAACAGUGUACCUGUGCCAAAAGUCAUCAGUACUCAAAGGAGAACUCUGUUAGGCACAUUACACCUGACCUUGCUUUAUAGGAAUUGCUUCUGCUGAUUCCAGAUACUACAAUUCACUAUUACACCAUAAAGAUCGUGAAGUGGUUAUUGGCAAACGUUUGUAAAUGUGACCAUGUAUAAAGUAUUUAUACUCCUAAUUCACACUGUUAUAGAGCAAAAUCAUCUAAGUAUUGCCACAUGACAAGACUAGUAAACAGGAAUCCUAGAACUAUGUUUGCAUGAUGCACAAGCACCAAUUAAGACUAAUCCGUGCAGGCACAGUUAACCUAACGCCAAAUAAAUACUGGUUCAAUAAACGUAUGGCACAGAAUAUAAUUUGACUAUCAAGACUUUUCGCAUAAUGAAGAAGUCUAUAUAUAUGUGUAUAUGAAUUAUGUGGGCAUUCUUGAUACUUCAAGUUCUAGUUUCAAAAAAAUACAUAACUAAUUUAAUUUUACACAAAAAUAUUUAUGCAGAUUUUCAGAAUUUCAUAUCAGGAAAUAACCUUUUUAUGUCUGUUAAAUAUCAAGACAAUUUGCUACAGUGUUAAUCUGCAUGGUCUUUAAGCCUGCUGUAGUUGUGUGGCAGACAGUGCAUGAGAAGUAUUCCGCUGGGAAUGGAGCCAUGCCACCGAAGCCAAGAGGAGCGCAUGGAAACCCGGUAGUCUAGAACUAAUCAGAUUACUGAUUGUAGGACACAGAACACCAACUGAAUUGUUGUAUAUGCUUGUACAAACUGAUUCUGUGUGUUCCUCUGAACAAAGCAGAGAAAAUUAUGUUACCGUCAAUAUUGAAACUAAACUUCCAACUUCUCUAAUAAAAAAUUAAAACACA